CAAGCCGUGGAAUUUGUCAAUGCAGGAUUUCUGGUAAAAUUGUGUCAAAUUUGUGAGUAAAUUCAACACAGGAAUAUGGUUCAACAGGGAUGGUGUAUUAUUCUAAGUCGAGCGCUGCGCGUGCGCUUUUAAAUGUUUAGUUGUGUUCACAGCACCAACAUGAACAGCCGUCACGUGUGUUGGUUCCCGCUGGUGUUGUGAUUCCUGAUUCAUAGAUUGGUUCAUAAACGGUCAGUUGUGUAACUGGCUGCGCGGCGCUUUGAAAUCUUCCGUCCUCUUACCACGUAUCUAAAUUAUUCAAUGAGUAUUUAACGUUGAGUUCAGUAUUAUAGUUGUGUAGCUGACGACAACUUGUGUAUAAGGUUUUUUUUUUGUCGAAUUGUUAUCAUUUCGUGGCGGUUUGCACAUGAUAGUAUGAUAAGUGAAGUGUUAAGAUAAGCUAUACUAGAGAACGGAACCGGGCUUGUUGUGUUAAAAUUGAAAGUAGGUUCUUUUAAAUGGAUUGCUGAUUUUUGGGAUUUUGUUCAAAUCUUCUUUUUCAAAUUAAGGGGAGAUGGGACGAUGGGACGAAUUAUUGAUUCGGAUUUAAAAAGUUCCGUACGUAUGAGUGAUGCGCUCUGCGCCGGUACAAGUGUUGCGUUAGGACUAUUUUCGUAGCACGGAAAUAAGAGCGGCAAAAGGAGCAAAAAGCCGAGAUAGCCUGAAAAACUUGAGGACGUGGUUUCGAGUGUAUUUCGGUCUGCCGUGAGCUGAUGUAUAGGUAGAAAACACUAUUUUAAGUGUGAAAUCUGUGUCAUAUUGUGAGAUUUGUUCCAGUCAAAAUGAAGAAGAGCACUAUUUCGAAGUUGAAAUCUAUUUUUGGAUCGAAAAAAGGGAAACGGCAGUCUCAACAUCAACAGUCUGCAAAGUCUUCCCGAUCGCCGUCUCCCGAAUCAGUCACUCCAUCUGCAAGCAAUGAAGUAUUCCAACCGAUUCAGAGGACGCCAACCCCCAAUCGAGUCGGACCUCCACCUUCCCCUCCAGUUCCCACCCAGCCAAUUGUCCCGGUGGCUCCGGAACCUUCGGGACCCUUACCGUUAAUGCCUUGUCUUGUCUGCGGACGUACUUUUGUGCCACAGUCUCUAGCUAAGCACGUCAAGAUUUGCGAGAAGAUGACUAUUAAAAAACGGAAGACUUUUGAUUCCUCAAGACAGAGACGAGAAGGGCUAAUGGCAGCCGUCGGUCUUAAUACCGGUACAGAUUUAGAACAAUACUUGCCAAAGAACUUCGGUCUUCCAGAAAACAGUCCAUUCCUCGAGAAGAGUCCCCCGCCCACUGCCAAACCCACAUUGAAACCUAAACCGCAAUCGGUCCGCAGUGCCAUAACAAAGCCAAUGGCAGAACUGCAGAAGUGUCCGCACUGCGGCCGAGCGUUCGGCGUUCGUGCUUUCGAGAGGCACGUGGAGUGGUGCGCGGACAAGGCCAAGAUCUUGCCGGCCGCGCCCGCACACCCGCCGCCGCACAUCGCCGACGCCAAGCAGAGACUGAACGCGCGAACACAGUACAAAGCACCCCUGGCUCGAGGUAGAAAAACGUCUCAGUCACGUGACAAAUCGUCGAACAGUCGUUCAACGUCUGUAGAUUCGUCUCGAGGAGUCUCUCCGCCGCCUCCGCGUGACUGCGGCGACUAUGGUGCUGCUAGAUCAAGAGCCUCUGAGUCGGCGUCCAGCAACGAUUGCCACGAAGACGCGGCGCCUCACGUGCCGGUGAUCAGGACGUCGCGCGGCUCGCGGACCAGCUCGUCGGGCGACGCCGGCGUAAGGGCGCGGCAGGCGAGACUCGCCCGCGACAUCACUAGCUCCAGAAACGAACAAGAUCCUAGCCCUUCUCCUAUAACUUCGAAUAAAGAAACAGUAUGUGAAAAACAUCCUGUACAAAAUAAAUUAAGAAGCAAAUUGACAACAAAACGUCAACAACAGUUGCAAAAACUUGAAGAAAUCGGCAAUAGAUACAACGAAAGGACUCAAAAACAGCAGAAUAACGUAAAAGCCAUUAACGAAAAACCUGACAAAAGCUUAAUUCCUAAACCUAAACAUGUGACUGUGAAAAAAGAAAAUAAGACAGAGCUCUCUAAAUUAGACAAUAAAAAUGUAAAAGACAAAGAUGAAGAAAAUAUUAUAGAUUCUUUGAAUCCAAAUAACACUAAACAAACUACUCCGGUCAACAAAACAUCUAUUAAGAUGUCAAACAAAGAAAAGAAAAAGAUUGACGAAAAUAAGAAGAAGCUGAAUGUUAAUGAAAAGAAAAAAAGACAAUCUAUGAAAGAAAGUAGCAUGAGUCUGGAUAGCCUUGAAGAAACUCCACUGCCUAGUUCGAAUAGUAAAAAACAACAAUCAGUUGGAAUAAAUACCGAGCUUUUAUGUGUUCCAUGUGUGAUACACGAUGCCCCAGAUGAAUCCAAAAAUUACAAUACUCAAAGUAAAUUCCUUCCGAAGAAAAGUUGUAACAAUAGUGUUGUUUCCGAUGUGCAAGUGGAAAUGCUAUAUGAAAACCCUGUAAUGAUGCAUAAGAUUAAAACAAAGAAAGCGUCAAAAGAGCUACCAGCUGCCAUUCAUAAUAUAGCCAAUUCGACAGAAGAUAAAAGUUUUCAUGACAGCACUGAUUCUAUAGUAAAUUUAGAACCUAUGGAACCUUUGAAUAACGAUAACAUAAUUUUAGAUAGUAGUAAUAACGACAAUGUAUCGGUUAUCGAUGAGAAAUAUGAAAACGAAGUAUGCAAAGAUGGUGACGAAAAGGUAAAUUAUAAUUUAUGUGUUGAUAACAUUGAAGAAAACUAUACUCUCGAUCUAAGCGAUGAGGAUGAAGAAGACGGUAAUCUUGAAAGACGCCACGGCAGCGGCGAAACUUACACAAAAUUUACUGAAAAUCCUGCCGAUUUAGAAGAAUUUAUGAAUAUCACUGACAAAAUGCUGGCAACGCAAACUUCAAACGUUGAAAUAGAAAACCAAAUUUAUGAUCUUUCAACUCCGCAAACGAAUUCCAUAGAAGCUCUUAACAAUUCUACCGAGAACCUUGAAAACCCAAUUUCGGAAGAUCGUCACGAAUUUUCAGAAACCUUCGAUGAAUUGAAAAAAAAUUUUAAAAUGCUACUAGAUGGGGCCGGUGAUAACAUCCAAAACGUUAUAAAUAAAGACCUACAACUAAAACAGGAAGCGGAAAAGAAAGUAUGUGACAUGGAACACAUUAUUGUUUACGAACUAAAUAACGCGAGUCGUCAAUCAACUAAAGAUAAAGAACAUCGAGAAAAAAAAAAACCGAAGCUCUCUCUGCCAGAUAUAACGCAGAACAACAAAACUACAAGAAUCUCUGGCAACAAGAAGAGAAUGCAGAAAAUAUGCGCUCAUUCGAAUAAGAACAAAAUGUUUGCAGAUCAAACACGAAGCAAUAAAGAAUAUCAAACAUUCAUUAUCAAAAAAAACAAUGACGAUAACAGCGAUGGCCAGUCCGUUUCUUCAGAGGCUCCUCCACUAAAAUUGCCUAGAAUAGAAAAUAAGAGCAGUAGCAAUAUGAUGAGCGAAAACCUUUUCCCAUCCUCUGUGAAACGUUCCACUUCCCUCCUGGAUUCCAUACAAAAGAAAACUGGUAAAUUAGAUGCUACGAAAAGUCGAAUCAAGACUGAUCAACUCGAACAAGAUCUGAUGCAGUCUCUUAAGGACUUCGAUAAAUUUUAUGAAUUCGAAAAGAAUGAAAAACCCAAGCAAUUCGCUAAAGAAGUUAAGCCCAGCCCACAUUUGAAUCAAAAAAUCGAAAAAAGGGAUCAUCGUAAUAAGUUCGAACGUAAAACCAAAAAGAUGGAUGUAGUGACCAAUGGUAAUUACUCUUCAAAUGGGAAGACCAGCAACGACUCGGCAUAUAGCAGGUUAGUCAGCCUUAACAGAAUAUCGCCAUCGAAAUUAUCUAUUUGCACGAAAGACACCAACGGUCUCGUGUCGCUAGAGCAAAUUCCGGCCGGUUCUGACUCGGGAGGGAGCCACAAGGAAGAUGCCCGAUCGAUAUCUAGCGAAGAGUUUCUUGCAAUGGAACGUUCUACUGAACUCGAAGAUACGACGCCCGAUAGUCGUAUUUAUAAAGAAACUGAUGCUCAUAAAUUGAAUGAAAAACGUGUUUGCUCACGUAAUUCGAACACGUCCGGUCGAAGCCCGACGUGGAAACCCCAGGGUCAGCUGAGCUCCAGCAGCUCGGAGGCCUCGCUCCACCAGGCGCGGCGGGACUCGCCCGCACUGGCGCCGCGCCUUUCGCGGUUCUGCCAUGAAUGCGGCAGCAAGUUCCCCGUCGAAACUGCCAAGUUUUGCAUCGAAUGUGGCGUGAAAAGACUGGCCGUUUAAAAAAAAAAAGAAACGUGACACAAAUAUCCUAGUGUCAAUAUUUUGUGUUUCGUCACAGUACGGUAGCUUUCAUAUGUGAGCUUAGUGCGAGUUUUUUAACGUUCUCGACAGCGUAAAAGUUAAGCCAAUUUUGUAUGCAAUUGGAACAGCGCCUCUAGCGGCAAACGUACGCAAACGAUCCCGUUCCAUACAAAUAUGAGCUAACUUUUACGCUAUCGAGAACGUUAAAAAACUCGCACUAAGUACACUGAUAUGUUUAUAAAAGAAGUUAAAUAUUUUUAAUGAAGCUAAAAUUUUCCAAAAACUUUCUAAUGAGCAGCUGUGGUAUAGAAAAACUAAUGCCAUCAAUGUAGCGAGGUGCUCCAUCCUAUCAAACGUUCUACUCAUUGCCAAUUUGGACUUAGUGCAUUUAAAAUGAAUGCAUUUAAUGUUAAAAUGUUUUUAAACAUUAAUAACAGAUUAACACUUUAAAGGCCCCAGACUUAUUUGUUAAAAUGCAAUAACGAAAAUUUUGUGUAUUCUUAAAUUACUUGAAAUUAAGUAACGCCUAAUAUUAAUUACACUAGUUUAAUAAUUUUUAUAUUGUUACCAAAAAUUUUAAAUGUUUGUGCCUUCUCGAGUAGCUAAUAUUUAUUGUGUAUACUUGUUUUGCUUUAUUUCCUAUGAUAUCGAUCUGGCUACAUAAUACUAUAGUACGUGUGUAACUUAGGAAUCUGUGAUAAGUGAGAAUUUCGAAAAUAGUGAAUUGUGUUUUAUUUUGAUGCGGUUGUGCCAAUUUUUGAGUUUUUAAUUGAAUUUUAUUUACAAUUUACGUUUUAUUCCGGCAUUGUAUUUGCAAAGUUGAUUUAUUUUAUUUGCUUCACAAUAAUUUCAAUAUUUCUUCUACUUACCUACUGUGUAGUUGGCCAUUUUAACAAGACUGAUUAUUUUUUCGAAGUUUUCAAAUGAAAUAAUCCUUAAUUACUGUUGUAUAUUUUUUUAAAAAAUAAAAUAACAGUUUUAUCAUGUAAUAAAUUAACAUUGUAAUAAGA